GGAAGUGACGUAGCGUAUUACCUUCUCGAGAAGUUUGAAAGGUCUGCUACAGAAGCCGAGACGUUUUGCCUGUCCCUCUCUGUAUGGCUCCAUAUGGUGAUGGACGUUAGUCUUCGUCAGAUCACUAUCGCCUCCGAGCCUGACCGCUCCUUUUUCCUGAAGGUGGAGUGGAAAGAGGACUUCGGAGCCGGAUUUGUAAUACUGCUGUGCGAUGGAGUCUCCGCCUGGACAGGAGAAGUGUCUGAGGAGGAGGUGUCACGGGAGGCCCAGGAGAUGGAGAUGUCUCGGGAGCGCUACGUGCGUGACCUCCAGGUGGCUCUGACCAACGAGGGGCCGGCCGCACCCGACUACACCUUCCACCUGACAGCUGAGCGCGGGGGCCGGGGGCACGGAAGCCAGCACGCCAGCAGCACUCUUCACCUGUCUUACGAGAAGGUGCAGAAAGACAUCUCGUUCAGGCUGGGUGCGGUGGAGCUGCAGCCGGUGCCGGAGCCCAGCGCAGUGGUGAAGGAGCUGAUCAGCCACGGGCUGCAGAGGGCUGCACAGCUGCACACCAGGAACCACAAGCUGCAGGAGGAAAACCAGAGAUAUCGACAGCAGCAGCUGCGCAUCAAUGCAGAUAUGGAGCGCUACGUGACGGGUAAGGAGACUCUGGAGAAGGAGCUGUACAGCCGCUUCGUGCUGGUGCUGAAUGAGAAGAAGAAGAAGAUCCGGGCGCUGCAGGCUCGCGUAAAGGAGCUGGAGACCUCCCUGCAGGAGGAGAGGCAGCACAGGAAACCAGCGGCGGCAGGGGCAGGCGAAGGAGAAGGAGAGGGGGGCGAGGAGGAGGGGGGUGCGGAGAGCGGAGGGAGCAGCCCCGUGGUGAUGCGGGUCUCUCCCAGGAGAGGGAGCGACUAUGGGGGCAGCACGGAGGAGGAAGAGGAAAAGGAGGAGCAGCCCUCCACCUCCGGCAUUAAACACUAUGCCAAAGACAAGUUCAGCUGUGACAGCCCCCUCAUGGGUGACAGCCCCGGUGACAUCACCGACGUGGCGCCCAAUCGUAAGCGGCGACAGCGUCACCUGCAGCAGCUGGAGGCCCAGGCCAAGAGGAUGGCAAUGGACCAGCGGCCACAACCAUCCACAAGCAGGCCAGCUUGCCUGCCUAAAGGCCGGCUGUUUGGCCAUGCACGCACCAUGAGGCAACCUCAGACCCAGGAGAGAGUGCUGGACACAGCCAUGACCAAGGCUGGAGUAGAGCAGGCAUCAGGUGAAGGAAUGAUACACAUGGCAAGGCAACAGCCAAAGCAGAGGACUCUGCUCGCUGUCCGGCACCCCCCACUAAAGUGACUCCCGACGCAGAAGACCUGUUUGACGACUUCUGACCUCAGGAUCCAUCAUUUCCCCACAUAUUUGUGUGGAAGGAUGUAUUUUUAAACUAGUCUUUUGAAAAAAAAAACAAAAAAAAAAACCUGACCAUUAAAAAGUGCUGACAACAGCUGGAACAAGUGCCAUCAUUAAUUUCAGCCCUUCCCUGAUUCUGUAGACGUGUAGAAAAAAGGUAUUUAUUUUUAAAACUGGGUGUGUAUGUUUUUUUUACUGUAAAAUCAGGAUACAUUUCAAUAAAGUAUUGUCUUCUCUUGA